GGUGGUGGUGAUAGUGAUAGUGGUGCUCGUGGUAAUGAUGGUGUUGAUUGUGAUGGUGUUGAUGGUAGUGAUGCGUUGAUGAUGAUGGUAGUAGUGGUGGUGGUUUUGGUAGUGAUAGUGGUGCUGGUAGUGAUGAUGGUGUUGGUGGUGCUGGUGGUGAUGAUGAUGUUGAAGGUGGGGAUGGUGGUGUCGGUGGUGAUAGUGGUGAUGAUGUUGGUUCUUGAUGAAGGUGGUGAUGGUGAGGAUGGUGAUGAUGGUGUGAAUGGUGAUGAUGGGGUUGGUGUGGUGAUUUGCGGUGGUGAUAGUGCUAAUGGUGAUGACAUGAAGGUGUGUGAUGGUGUUGUUGGAAAUGAUGGUGGUGAUGGUGGUGAUGAUGUUCAUGGUGACGGUGAUGGUGGUGGUGGUGUUGGUAGAGAUAGCGGUGCUGGUGGUAAUGGUGGUGAUGGUGUUGAUUGGCGAUGGUGGUCAUGGUGCAUGGUGAUGUAG